AUGGAACCCCCGCCAAAACCACACGCUGCAUUCAUGGAUGGAUGGAUUGAUGAGCAGACGCCACAUCACUUGCCCAUCCCACCACGCCGACUUCUUGCUCCCAUUCACUAUUCUCUCGAAGGGGCAGGCAGCGUAUACGGCCGCCGCGCAGGCAUAGCACUCUUUACCAUGGAGCUCUCUACUUGGCUCGAUUCACUAUUGAUUUCAGAGGGGGUUACUGACACAAUGCGCCGUAACCAGGGCCUCCACGGCGACGAAGUCGAUUUCGAUGACACUUGGGCCAUUAUCGAGGCAGCCUUCCGCGAAAUUCACACCAAGAAUGCAUCCAAAUUAUCAUAUGAAGAGCUCUACAGACACGCCUAUCGUAUUGUCCUGAAGAAGAAAGGAGAAGCCUUGUAUAACAAGGUCUAUGACUUCGAGCGCAGUUGGCUCAGCAAUGAAGUGCGUGCUUCUCUACAAGACGUCGUCUCAUCCAACCUCGUUGCAAAUGCAAACAGUGUAAGCGGCACCACCGCCAAUGAGCGACGAGUGGCGGGUGAGAAGUUUCUCAAGGGUCUCAAAUCAGCAUGGACAGAUCACCAGGUCUGUACCAGUAUGCUUGCUGAUGUGCUCAUGUAUAUGGAUCGCGUCUACUGUGCGGAUCAUCGUCGUCCGAAUAUCUUCAAUGCUGCCAUGGUCCUGUUCCGCAUAGAGAUCUUGGGCUCGCCGCUCUCCAAUACCGACGACCGAUCAUUGCUCAGCUUCCUCAACCACAUCAUCCUGGACCAGAUACAAAUGGAACGUGACGGCGACGUCAUUGAUAAAACUCUCAUUCGAUCUUGCGUAUGGAUGCUCGACUCACUUCACGAUGGUGAACUAGAAGGGGAAGAGCACCGCCUGUACACCACCUCCUUCGAGGUGGAAUACCUCAAGUCAAGUAGGAUCUUCUAUCAGGGCGAGUCGGAAUUCUUGCUACGCGAUUCUGAUGCUGGCGCAUAUUGUAAACAUGCGCGUCGACGGAUAUAUGAAGAAGAUGAGCGUUGCAAGCAGACAUUACUGGAAAGCUCCGGUGCUAAGAUCCAGAAGGUGGUGGAGGACGAGCUGAUCAAGAAUCGGAUACAUGAACUUGUGGAGAUGGAGAGUGGUGUCCGUUUCAUGAUCGAUAAUGACAGGCUGGAGGAACUGAACCUCAUCUAUGAUCUGAAUAGAAGAGUGGACGACAAGAAGACGGACCUGACAAACGCUAUACAAAAGCGCAUCGUGGAAAUGGGCUCAGAGAUCAACAAUGACGCCAUCACAGCCGCUCAAGCUCCACCCGCAGCACCAGCCGGUGAUGUGGCCGACAAGACCAAGGGUGCUGCUCCGGAGAAGUCGCUCAACCAACAGACAGUUGCUGCAAUCAAGUGGGUCGAAGACGUGCUUUCGCUAAAAGACAAGUUCGACAAGAUAUGGAGGGACUCAUUCGAGUCGGACACGCUUCUACAACAAGCGCAAACACGCAGCUUUGCCGAGUUUAUCAAUGCUACAUCUUUUCCACGAUCAUCCGAAUACAUCUCUCUCUUCAUCGACGAGAACAUGAAGAAGGGCAUCAAGGGCAAGACGGAGGCAGAAAUUGACAUCGUUCUGGACAAGGCUAUUGUCCUACUGCGAUACGUCCAAGACAAGGACCUGUUCGAGCGCUACUACAAGAAGCACUUAUGUCGACGUUUGCUGAUGAACAAGUCGAUCAGUAAUGAAGUCGAGAAGCAGAUGAUAUCUAAGAUGAAGAUUGAGUUGGGCAACAACUUUACACUGAAGCUCGAGGCCAUGUUCAAGGACAUGACUAUCUCCGAGGAUCUCACUGCCGGCUUUAAGAAGCAUGUCGAAGGUUUGGGCGAGAAGGACCCGAAGCGCAUCGAAUUGGCAAUCAAUGUGUUGACCAGCAUGACUUGGCCUCUUGAAACUAUGGGUGGAGCAGCCAGCGAAGAAGAGGAUCAGAGACCGCGUUGCAAUUUCCCGACUGUUGUUGAGAAGAUCAAGCGCGGAUUUGAGAAGUAUUACAGCGAAAAGCAUUCCGGCCGGCAACUCACCUGGCUUGCCAACAUGGGUUCUGCAGACGUCAAGGCAGUAUUUCCCAAAGUACCGCAGAAGGAUGGCUCAUUUAAAGAAAGGCGACAUGAUCUCAAUGUUUCGACGUAUGGAAUGGUGAUUCUCCUGCUUUUCAACGACCUGCCGGCCGGCCAACAUCUGACCUUUGAGGAGAUUCACGCUCAAACCAACAUUCCACGUAAUGAUCUCAUUAGAAACUUGCAAUCACUGGCCGUGGCACCCAAGACACGUAUCCUGAUCAAAGAACCCAUGUCCAAGGACGUGAAGCCAACUGAUCGAUUUUCCUUCAACGAGGGUUUCCAGGGUAAGUUUGUGAAAAUUAAGGUCGGUGUUGUUAGUGGAGGCAACAAGGUGGAAAGUGACCGAGAGCGACGAGAGACGGAGAAGAAGAAUGACGAUUCACGGCAAUUCUGCAUAGAAGCUGCUGUUGUUCGUAUCAUGAAGCAACGCAAGGAAUUAUCGCAUCAGCAGCUCGUCUCCGAGACUCUUGGUCAAUUAGCGGCACAAUUCAAGCCAGAGGUCAAUAUGAUCAAGAAGCGGAUCGAGUCACUGAUUGAGCGCGAAUACCUGGAGCGGAUAGAUGGCGCAAAGGUCGACUCGUAUCGCUAUCUAGCAUGA